CUGGGAAAGGCAGGAGGAAAGUUUUGUUACUCUCUUGAAAUACAGGAAAGCUGCUCUUUGUGUAUGCGUUAACUCAGUAUCGUCUCAGGAGAAAGUUGGGAAGCCGUAUCGGGAGGAUGGCUUUAGCUGUGUGGAUGGGUUAAAUGAAAAUUCUGCCUACUUUUGGAAAAGUCCUCUGGAAAGUGGACUACUUUGUGCCCAGGAGAGCCCCCCCCCCCCCUUUAUUCCUUCCUGAGUGCUGAUUAUGUAUUGCUUUAUGAAGUGGAUCAGGACUUCAAAUCAGCUAAAUCCACAUGGGACUUCAUUCCUGGACAGAACUGAGAUCUUGUGAGCCAUCAGGUCUUUGGACCUUGUCAAGAAGCAAACGCCAGAAGGAAAAGUCACUUCAGUGUAUGUCACUACUAUCAAAUGAGCAUAAGAAGCCAGAUUUGUUUUGGGGAAAAACUCAGUGACAAUCUGCCAUAUAAUAAUUUCCACAGACUGAAGAAACUUGCUGAACUGAGUCCAUUUGGGAGAAAGCAUCCAGGAGUGAUAAAUCUGCUCUCCCAGUGAACCCCAGCAAGAAUCCCUGUGUGCUCCAAUAGCAUUGUUCUUCGCAAGAAAGAGAGAAACUAGCAAGUUGGAAACAGGAGGUGGCAACUCAUGUUUUCCUUUGAGGAAUAGGAACUUGCUAAUCUUGCUCAAGAAGGCUGCAAAAUUUUCUAGGCAUCCGCUAGAAGCACCUUGGGGAAGAGAGAGGAACUGUUGCGAUGGAGUUGCACGUGUUGGCGCUAUCAUUCAUCCUUGCAUUGCAAAUAUCAUCACUUGCUUCUGGGAACAAGCUUCAGCCUCACAUGCCAAAUGUUUGUGCGGAGCAAGAGCUGGCGAUAGUGGGGCACAGGCAGCCGUGUGUCCAGGCCUUUACUCGUAUGGUCAAAGUAUGGAAACAAGAUUGUGGAGGACAACUGUGGUGUACAGGCUACGAACGGAGAACUGCAUAUUACACAGCCUACCGACAGGUGUACGCAGUGAAAUAUCAGACAGCAUACAAGUGUUGCCCGGGGUGGGCCCAGCGUGGAGGGGAUGCUGGCUGUCUUUACUCUAUCUGCAAUUAUGGCAUUUGUUUCAAUGGUGGAAAUUGCAUAAAAGGAUCUUCUCAGCUCUGUCAUUGCCCCUCCGGUUUCCAGGGACCUCGCUGUCAGUAUGAUGUGAAUGAAUGUGAAGCUGGAAACGGCGGCUGUGAAUCCCAGUGCUGCAAUACUAUUGGAAGCUUCUACUGCAAGUGCCCGGAUGGGCUGAAGCUGGGGGAAGACGGGAAGGCAUGCACAGAUGUUGAUGAGUGCCAAGUUCACAAUGGGGGCUGCCAGCAGAGAUGCGUGAACACCCUUGGGUCCUAUUACUGUGAGUGCAAGCCAGGCUUUCGUCUGCACACCGAUGGCAGGACCUGCAUUCCUGUGAACACUUGUUCUGUGAACAACGGGGGCUGCGAACAUGACUGCGUGCAGGUGACUCUGACACAACAUCAGUGCCAGUGCCGACACAACUACCAGCUGAAGGAGGAUGGCAAACGCUGCGUCUUGAGGAACCCCUGUGCUGAUAGAAACGGAGGCUGUAUGCACCAAUGCCACAACCAUCAUGGAACAGCACAUUGUGAAUGCCAACCGGGGUACAGACUGGCAGCGGAUAAUAAGGCCUGUGAAGAUGUGAAUGAAUGCCUGACUGGACUAGCCAUGUGCGCACAUCAGUGUCUCAACACUCGAGGCUCCUUUAAGUGUACCUGCAACCCAGGCUAUGAGCUGGGGGCAGAUGGCAAACAAUGCUAUCGGAUAGAAAUGGAGAUUGUGAACAGCUGUGAAGACAAUAACGGUGGCUGUUCCCAUACAUGCCAUCACACCAGCUCUGGCCCAGUCUGUACCUGUAACUUUGGCUACCAGCUUGAAGAGGACCAGAAGACAUGCACUGAUAUCAAUGAAUGUGACAGUGGUUCUCACUCCUGUUGUCAGCAGGAUUGUUACAACUAUCCUGGAGGCUAUGAAUGUGCUUGCUAUGCUGGAUACAGGCUCAAUGCAGAUGGCUGUGCAUGUGAUGAUAUGGAUGAGUGUUCUUCAAAUAACGGUGGAUGCGAACACACAUGUCAAAACCAGAUAGGCUCUUUCCAGUGUGGCUGCCAAAUUGGAUACAAACUGGAUGAAGACCGAAGGACCUGCAUUUCUCUAGAUGGCCCUGUGGAAGCCCUGGAUGGUCGGCGCCCCAUUAUCCGCCCAAUCCCUCAUGUUGCAAUCCUGUGAGAUGAAUUUACCCAGCUCUUUAAUGAGGAUUAUGAAGAGGAGGAGGAAGAGAUGGAAGCAAGAGGAGAGCACACACUUUCAGAAAAAUUUGUCUGCCUGGAGCACACAUUUGGCCAUGACUGCAGCCUGAGCUGUGAGGACUGUAGAAACGGUGGAACAUGCAACGAGGAUCAGACUGGCUGUGAUUGUCCAGACGGCUGGAGUGGCAUCAUAUGUAACCAGACCUGCCCAGAAGGCACAUUUGGGAGGAACUGCAGCUUUGCCUGUCACUGUAAGAACGGAGGCACAUGUGAUCCGGUAACAGGCGCUUGCCGCUGCCCGCCUGGGAUCACAGGAGACCAGUGUGAAGAUGGCUGCCCUAAAGGAUUUUAUGGGAAACAGUGCAGGAAAAAAUGCAACUGUGCCAACAGAGGUCGGUGUCAUCGGAUUUAUGGAGCCUGUUUGUGUGAUCCUGGUUUAUAUGGACGGUACUGCCAUCUAGUUUGCCCAAAGUGGGCAUUUGGCCCUGGAUGCUCUGAAGAAUGCCUCUGUGUGCAGCACAACACUCAGGACUGUGACAAGAAGGAUGGUUCAUGCACAUGCAGACCUGGUUACCGUGGCAAGUGGUGUGAGACAAAAUGUGACCCUGGCUAUUAUGGGGAUGGCUGCAAGAAGAAAUGUGCCUGCCGUCCAGAAGUGUCUUGUGACCAUGUUACUGGAGAGUGCUGGAAAGAGGGUCCCCGAGGUUACCACGGGGAGAACUGUGAUCAAGAAUGCCCAGAAGGAAGGUUUGGAGUUGACUGUCUGCUCUCCUGUUCAUGUGGGGGAUCUCCCUGUGACCGCACCACUGGCAAGUGCAUCUGUUUGCCAGGCUGGACAGGACAUGAUUGCGGACAAGCUUGCCCUGAUGGUCACUGGGGACUGGGCUGCCAGGAGAUCUGUCCUGAGUGUGCUAACAACGCCAGCUGCCAUCCUGCCACAGGGAGGUGUGUGUGCCCACCGGGAUACACUGGCAGUCGCUGCCAGGAUGUGUGUCCACCUGGGUGGUUCGGUGCAGACUGCCAGCAGAGAUGCAGCUGUGGGAAUGAUGGACAUUGUCAUCCUGUGACAGGGAAGUGUAGCUGUGCACCUGGCUGGACAGGGUAUAACUGCAGAAGAGCCUGUGACACAGGUCGCUGGGGCCCGGACUGUGCUAACGCUUGCAACUGCAGCAACAGUGAUGGGAGCUGCAGUAUGGUGACAGGGCAGUGCAUCUGUGAAGCUGGUUACACAGGAAUCCACUGUGAUAAGAAGUGUCCAGAAGGAUGGUUUGGACUGAACUGCCGACAGCAGUGUCAAUGUGACAAUGCGGCUAUGUGUGACCACGUCAGCGGCGCAUGUACUUGCAGCUCAGGCUGGAGAGGCACGUUCUGUGAGCACACCUGUCCAGAUGGAUUUUAUGGACUAGAGUGUCAGGAAACCUGCAAAUGUCUGAAUGGAGCCCACUGUGACCACGCAACAGGCCAGUGCCACUGCCCUCCAGGCUGGGCUGGCCCCAGCUGUAACCAGACAUGCCAGGAGAACAGUUACGGUGAGAACUGCAGUCAGACGUGCAACUGUUCCAAUAACGCUACCUGUGACCAUGUUAGUGGCCAAUGUCUCUGUGCGGCUGGAUGGACAGGACUCACAUGCCAGCAAGUGUGUCCAGCUGGUUUCUAUGGAACGAACUGCCUCCAGCAGUGUCUCUGCCAAAACGGUGGAAGGUGUGACCCCGUCACAGGGCACUGUGCCUGCCCUGAGGGGUGGACAGGACUGGCCUGCGAGCUGGAGUGCGCGCAGGGGCAGUACGGGGCGGACUGCCGGCGGAGCUGCGAGUGCCAGCACGGCGGGCGGUGCGACCGCUGGAAGGGGCACUGCCUCUGCCCGCCCGGAUGGACCGGCGAGAAGUGCGAAAGCCCUUGCCCAGAGGGGCUGUUUGGAGCGCGCUGUGAAGAGCACUGUGACUGUGGGGACAAGGUGCCGUGCCACCACAUCACUGGCACUUGUGAUUGUCCCCGUGGCUGGAGGGGCCAGCGCUGUGAGAAAGCCUGCCUGCCUGGUUCGUUUGGGAAGAGCUGUGCCAGCCGCUGCGCCUGUCCCCUGGGAAUGCCUUGCAAUCACAUCACGGGCCAGUGUGGUUGCCCUCCAGGGUUUACAGGUUCAGGAUGUGAAAAAUCCUGCCUGCCCGGGACCUUUGGAGAGAGCUGUGGUCAGAUUUGCCAGUGUCCAGGAGCGAACCAGGACUGCCACCCGGUCACAGGGGAGUGUGUCUGUGCUCCUGGCUACCACGGGCCGAAUUGCCAGCUGCAGUGCGCCGCUGGGUGGUAUGGCCCUAACUGUGAAAGGCCAUGCAGGUGCAGGAACGGGGGCCUGUGUGACGUUACCACGGGGACGUGUCAGUGUCCUGCUGGCUACGUCGGCGCUGACUGCAGCGUCGGCUGUCCGGCCGGUCGCUAUGGCAAAGACUGCGCGCACGUGUGCCUCUGUGGGGAAGGAGCUGCCUGCCACCACGUCACGGGAGCCUGCGUCUGCCCUCCGGGGAGAACUGGUGCCACCUGUGAGCAAGGCUGCCCAAAGCAGCGGUACGGGCUGGGCUGCCAGCAGCGCUGCUCCUGCCGCAACGGGGGGCUCUGCAAUGCAGCAGACGGGUCCUGUUCCUGCGGGCUUGGAUGGACGGGGAAAUCCUGCGAAUUAGAGUGCCCUCCCGGCAGGUACGGUGCAAACUGCCAGCUCAGCUGCGCGUGCCAGAACAAUGCGACGUGCGACCGAGCAACGGGAGCCUGCCGCUGCGCCAAGGGCCACUACGGGCACUUGUGUGAACACAGCUGUCCCCCAGGUUUCCAUGGAGUUGGCUGCCAGGAGCUCUGUGACUGUGAGAAUGGAGCAACGUGUGACCCAGCAACUGGUCGGUGUCUGUGUCCUACUGGUUUCUAUGGAGAGCGCUGUCAGACAGGUUGUAAGGAAGGAACAUAUGGAGAGGGAUGCCAGCAUUACUGUGAUUGCGUAGGAAACGCGCCAUGUGAUCCAGCCACUGGACGCUGCCUAUGUCCUCCUGGAAAAACUGGUGUUAAAUGUGGUUCAGACUGCCAAAUGAACAAGUAUGGCCCCGGCUGCACGCUCACCUGUGCCUGUGCCACCAGCAGCUCCUACUGUAAUGCUCAGAAUGGCCAAUGCCUUUGUAUUAAUGGGUACAUAGGACCUACAUGUCAAGAAGGUGGUUUGCCUCGUCUGUCAGCAGCUGAGCAGCAGCCUUUGGCACCAGCUGUGCAACCCCAGACACUCAACAGAGCGUCCUUCCCUGAGGGAGCUUUCGAGUUGGUAAAGCAUUAGGAGCAUCUGGAGGGGUCGCUUACCAGGAAUGCUCUCUUGGAACACGACCAAGCAGACACCUAAAGAAGCCAAUGACCUGUUUAGAGACCUUGCUUACAAGCCAUAUGAGUGAUUAUCAUUUUAUGACAGACUAAUCAUCUGCUGCUUUUGAAAUUGUUUGACUGAGACUGAAGGUUCAGCUCAUAAGCAAUUCACCUCAGCGAGACACCUGAAGGGAGGUGGCCACCAGCUUGGUCUGGCCUUCGAAAGUGUUCCAUGAGAGCAAACAUGCCGGCACUGGGGCAGGCUGCUGUUGUCCAGGCACUAGCAGGAACAGUUCAGAAGCUAUUGCUUCUAGUCAGUGGCUACUGGUCUUGGAAAGCACGUGAGAAUUUGCUGGCUCUCUUCUUUCGGUUUUUGGGUACAGAGGUUUUCUUGGGGAGGCCUGAAAGUAUAGUCAAAAAGAUGUAUUUAUGUAAAGAUAUUUAUGGGAAGCUGUACAAUUGUGUUGGCACAAAUGAUGGCUGAACAUUCCCUGCUCUCCUGCAACCACGUCUAGUGCAGACUAGCACCUCACUUGAGAUUUUUUUUUGUUGUUGUUGUUUUUGACUUUGCAAUUAGUCUUAUAUUGUAAAUUACUGUUUGCCAUAGCCGCAAAGCAGGCUUAUGUAGGCAGGGUCCUGAGUCAUCCUCACAGCAGUGACGAGCUGUUGGGUAACCACCUCCUAGCAGUGCAGGCUUCUAAAACAGGCGAUGUCUCCGCACAUAAGAACGAUAGGUUAUGUUACGGCACCAGCGCAUGCAGCUGUUGAUUCCCGUCUUUUACGAAGCAUGAACUGUUUCAGAACUUAAGCUGCUUUGCUGGAGACACAGCAGUAGGCCCACUCUGCGUCCAAUCUCUGCUCCAGGUGUGCAGUGCACGGUUUUGUACCUCUAGCCCUUACUGUGUCACUUCCAGAGAGCAGGUGCCUGCAGCCUAAUGUUGUUGUGGGAAUAAUAGUCAAGUGGUUUCCUUAUCCAAAAGGAAGUAGGUUUUUUGCUGAAAAUACAGUUUGCUCUUGGCCAGCU